AUGCGAUCACUGCUACUGGAAAUGAAAUUUAAGUACAAAAAACUGAAUCAGCGUCCAGUUCUUAUGGAAAGUUUCACUGUAGCUGGAAAACGAGCUGAGUUUUUGCGAAAAAUAGAGGAAUAUAGGCAUAAUAACUGGAAUAUAUUCUAUCAAGAUGAAACUUGGUGUGGAGCCAAUCAUUCUUUAAAACGUGGUUGGCUCGAGCAUGUUCAAAAAAAAAAUACAGAUAAUUACGAUUAUUACCGUGGUCAUGUGCAGCACUACGGGGGAUACCAGGGAGGCUUCGUCAAUCCAUCAGGAGCAGGUCUGCGAAUUAUAAUUUCGCACAUCGGCAGUAAAGACGGUUUUUUAGAAGAUUGCAUGCUGUGCUUCAUUGGUAAGAAAGGGAAUCAAGAUUAUCACCAAGAGAAGAAUAAGCAACACUUCGAAGAAUGGUUCCGGAAAGUUUUGCGAAAGAUACCGACAAAGUCUGUCAUUGUCGUCGACCAGGCACCUUAUCAUACGAUGCUUGAUCCAGAAUUCAGAAACCCCACUCUUGCUUGGAAGAAAGCAUCGAUCAUUGAGUGGGUACAAAAAAGAAAAAUUCCCCUUCCGGUGGGUGUUGAAGCACACGAAAUGCUAACAAUUAGAGAUCUUCUAAAUAUGACUAAGCCUUAUCGGUAUCCAAAGUGUUAG